AUGUCCAGAAGCAUCAAGUUUGGGGAAGCGGCAACGAAAGUUGCAUCACUUUCUCCAUUCCAAUCCCAUGCGUCAUCCCUAUUAAAUGAACAGCAUUUUUAUCAAAACUCUAUACUUCUUGGUUGGUCUGAAAGAGAUGCCCAUCCUGUAACGUUAAGACAUCUGGCAAACUUUGGUAAAAAGCUUACGAAAGAGAAGUUGAUAAGCAGUGCUAAUUUUGUCCGAACAGAGCUGCCUGUUAGGCUGAGCCUAAAAAUUCGAGAGCUGCAAAGUCUCGAUUACAGCGUGAUAAACAAUCACCAUAUAAACCUAGUCUAUCAGAGCUACUACCAUUGCUUUAAUGCGUUCAGAAAGAUGGGAAGAAUUGAAACGCUUGAUGAGAACGACAAAUUUUGUGAUUUUCUGAGAAAAGUUUUGGAUGAUCAUUUGCUUGUGCUCCCACAUCUCAUGAUGGGGGCUUUAGAAGUGUCUAUCUUGGAGAAAAUGCGACAAGAGGAACUAGAUGAUUUUAUGUCUUCGAUGCUCAGAUCCAGAAUAAGCAGGAGAGUUAUCAUCGAGCAACAUACAACCCUGUCUGAAUCUUUCCAAAACCAAGAUGAGGACACUUUGCAGAGACCUCCUAAUUAUAUAGGUGCUGCAUUCCAAUAUCUUUCUGCACAUCAACAACUGAGGACGUGCAAGGAUAUUGUAUCAAGUUUUUUGCAAAGUAUUUAUCCCGAACUCCAAAUGCCGGAAUUAAUAAUAUAUGGUGAGGACGUCAAGUUCCAGUUCUUGACAAAUCAUCUGAACUACAUCUAUGCAGAGAUCCUGCGGAACUCAUUGAAAUCAACUAUUCAAAAUUUCAUACAUCGCCAUGGGAAUCUACGUCGAGAUGAGGUAAAAAAACUGAAGCCGCCUCCUAUAGUUGUGGAGAUAACCCAGACAAAAAAAAACAUGACGUUCAAGUUCUCCGAUCAAGGUGGCGGAAUGUCGUCAAAUAAGCUGAAAAAAGUAUGGUCCUUUGGGAAGUCUCCUAUUUUAGCAGAGGAAUAUCUUGCAAAUUUUCACAAAAUGCCUGGUCUCAAUUUUGACUUUUCUUCACCUGUUGUAUCUGAAAGUGCUACUGACUAUGGCGAUUUGAGUGAAAUGAUUCACAAUAUUGGAAAGAUGGAAUCCAGUGGUGAUCACAAACAAAAGUCUGUGCUUAUAUCCUUGGUGAGGCGGCCGCUGGAAUUCACGCUAGGGAUUUCAAUGCCUAUGUGCAAGGUUUAUACCGACUACUGGAACGGCGAACUUGACAUGCGUUCUGUUGAGGGUUAUGGGACUGACGUCUUCUUGACGCUGAAAAAACUCGGAAACGUUGAACGGCCUCAGCUUGAUAAAGCAUAG